UAGAGCCAGCUCCAAGAUGUCAGCGCCCAUACAUCACGUUCGACAAGAAAUUUGUCAAACCCGUCCCGCUUAUCGAGAAGGGAAACAGCCGAAAGCUGUCAAGGUUUAUACAGUAGCACAGGAAUCGUGUUAUAUUUUAAUACAAGGUGUACCAGCAGUAGGUGCUCAAGAUGAUCUUGUUAAAUUAUGUUGUGAGUUUGGAGUUUUAGAAACAUACUGGCCAUUAGAUGAUUAUCCAUCUGAUGAAUUCACAUUGGUGUACUUAUUCCAGUAUGAACGGAUACAAUCAGCUCGGGUUGCUAAAAUAAAACUGGAUGACAAAUCUUUUUUCGGUGGAGUACUCCAUGUUUGUUAUGCACCAGAAUAUGAAACGGUACAAGACACCAGAGAGAAACUACAAGAUCGGAGAAAAACAGUAGCAGCAAAAAUACGUCAGAAUGCUGGUCUUAGUCCACAGAGUAACCGAUCAACCAAAUUCAGUAAAAAGGAAUUUAAACAAAAUAAAUCUAUGUCAACAUCAACAGACAAAAAUCAGACACAAAAUCCAAUUAAUAAGUUUCCGUAUCACCAGGAUCCAUUACAAAUAAACAUAACUGACACACAUGUUGAAAAAAUAAAUCCCUCUUUGCCAGCAGUGACAAUACCUUAUUCAGAAUCCGUGCCAGCAGUGACAAUACCUUAUUCAGAAUCUGUGCAGGCAGAGAUUCAACAUAAUCGGUCUAUAUCUAUGCUACCUCCUCCCCAACACAUCCCACUGUCAUACCCCUCCCAACAGAAUACCAUGGUUCAGUCCAUCGUACUGCCUUCCCACAAUGAACACAAGUCUGCUAACAAGGCUGAUCAAAUACAGUCAGAAAAAUCAUCCAGUGACACUAACAGUGAUUCAAAGAUUGUGAAAGGACUCAUUGUUAAAGACUACAAAAAUAAAUACUCAGCGACUAAAUUUAUUCCCCGUCAAGCCAUAAAGAAGACUGUCCCUGUGGAAAAUGGCACAAAAAAAGACAAAGAUGAAGUCAACAGAAAUAUCAGAAAAAAUGCCUUCACUUUGGGUAAAUCACAAGAUGUGGAAACUCCCAAAGAGUUAAAAACACUAACUAUGCCAAAAGAAACCGAGUUAUCUGUCCAGACAUCUGUUAAGGAUAUCAGAAAACAAGUUUCUAAGUUUUCAGAUGCUCCUCCAGUGAAAAAGAAGAAAAUGAAAUGAAGUAUAUUUGGAACAGAAUUAUUAAAUAAACCUUUAUUCUACUGUGAUUAUUCAUCCUGAUAUACCACAAAAACAAAGCAAUAAAUGCUUAUAGACAUUAAUCAUCAUCAUCAUCAUCAGCAUCAUCAAUCUGAUUAAAUACAGAUCUAUAUUUCGAUGGCCUUCACUACAUGAUGAUCUGACCAGUUGUACUGGGAGGUUGUGUCAGGAGUAAUAUGAGCAGCUUUUGACCCUAUGACAUCAGACAUUGAUUAAUCAAUCAACAUUGGCGGUUCUAGGGGUUUACCCGCAGUUCCGUGCACAGCACACCAAGAACUCACCAUAACAGACCGUUUCAUUGGCUAAUUCCUCACAUCAACUAGAACACCUGUUAUAUAACAACUCUUCCAGAUCCUGGUUUUGUGAAGACAGGUAAAACAAAAUUUUGAACUAUAAAAAACGAAACGAAAUAGGAUCUGUGUUUUAAUCAGAUUGCAUCAUCAUCAUCAUCAUCAUCACUAAUCACUCUCAACCCAUGAACCUUAAACAUGACCAUAUCUUGUUGAUAUAUAUAACACAUGUUGACUAGAAUUACAAGUCAUGUGAUUUACCUUGACUAUAAUCAACUUAGUAAGUCUGUUAAUUGAUAUUUAUUGGAAAAAUUAAAUUUUGUUGCAUUGAAUUCAGCCAUUAGCAUGUUAUAGCUUAUUUAUUCUCAGAAUUUCUCUUGUAACGGACAGAGUUUUCAGAGAACAGAGUUUUCAGAGAAUGUCUGACUGCAUCAACAUUUUUCGUUUUGUAUUGUUUUGUUAUAAUAUUUAUAUAAAGACAUGUAUAUGUCUGUAUUUGUUUCAAUAAAAAUAAUGUUUUUUUAUAUGUGAG